AUGUGUGGAAACGCGUUUCGGCGAGCGAUGGUCUUCAUCACUGCGGGCGCACACUGCGCUCGACGCCGCCCACGGGUGGCGGCAGCGCGGCGAGAUCACGUCCCUCAACUCAGCGUUUCCAAAUGUGCAGUCCUGGUCUGUGUGGUUUGCGCCGCCGCCUUCGUCACCAGCAUGGCCGCAGCGCUCCGCGCAGGGCGAAUCAGCGCCGCGGAUUUCCCGCUCGCCGCGGCAAGACUCGCAGAGACGUGGAGCGCGGCGGAAUACGCGCAGUCCAUUGAAGAGGCGACUCGCUGCUCCUCCGGGGCGCCAGACGCGCGGCGGAUUGGACGAGCGGGGAGCGCAGAAGCAGCGUGGGCAGCGGCGCAAAGUGGGGGGCCUGGUUCCGCGGCAGACGCGGUGGGCGAACGGCAGGGAGUGGAGGGCGCUCGCUGUGAGGUGCGCGCGGAGGGCGGGAGGCACGCGGGGGGCGAGGGGCGCGCGGAAGGCGAGAUGCGCGGAGAGGGCGUGAAGUGGCAGUGGGUUGCGGCACGGGCGUCGUCGCUGGCAGUGGGAGGCGGCUACCUCACCACGCUCCACCCGCUGCUGCUGCACCGCACACACACUCCCCACCACACCCACCACCACACCCACCACCACACCCACCACCACACCCACCACCACACCCACCACCACACCCAGCAGCACACCCAGCAACAGGGGUGCUGCUGCGAUGGGCGCUGCUUGGAUGAAGCGAGAAGCCACGACACGCCGCCUGGUGCUUGUACUGCUCACUGCCACCCACCUCUUCCUCUCACUCACCCAGUUGAUUCCAUUGACCCGGUUGACCCAGUUGACUGGGCUGAUGCGGUUGACCUGAGUGGCGAGGAGGCGCACGACCCUGCCACUCUGCACUGCUGCCUGCACCCCCACCACCCCGCAGCGCUGCCAGGAGCAGGUGCAGCAGCAGCAGCAGCAGCAGCAGCAGCAGCAGCAGUAGGUGCAGAGGCGUCAACCCCACCGCAGUCACGGCUGCAUGCAGCCUUGGCAGCAGCAGCACAGGCAGAGCAGCACACAGCAGGGCCAAGUGAGCCAGACUUGGUGCUGACAGGUGAAGGGGGGCUGCUCUGCCAUGCUGCAUGUGGAGCGCGGAGUGCGCAACAACCAUGUGACGUGGCAGCAAGUGACGUGGCAGCAAGUGACGUGGCAGCAAGUGACACGGUGGCACUGGUGCAUUGCCAUGUGGUUUUUGAUGCUGUCUUCUCUGUGCCACAACUGCUGCUCCUGCCAUGCCGCCCAGACGGCCGCCCCCUGCCCUGGCAGGACCUCUUUGCCUUCCUGCCUCGCCUCCCCGACCACCCCUUGCUGCCAUCACCCCUCCCCUCCGCCCCUCGUCCGCCCACCGCGCAUCACCCCUCUCUUGACACCUGGCACCUGCUCACACCCCUGCACAUGGCAUGGCAUGGCAAGCACAUGGCAUGGUAUGGCAAGCACAUGGCAUGGCAUGGCAAGCACAUGGCAUGGUAUGGCAAGCACAUGGCAUGGCAUGGCAAGCACAUGGCAUGGUAUGGCAAGCACAUGGCAUGGCAUGGCAAGCACAUGGCAUGGUAUGGCAAGCACAUGGCAUGGCAUGGCAAGCACAUGGCAUGGUAUGGCAAGCACAUGGCAUGGCAUGGCAAGCACAUGGCAUGGCAUGGCAAGCACAUGGCAUGGUAUGGCAAGCACAUGGCAUGGCAUGGCAAGCACAUGGCAUGGUAUGGCAAGCACAUGGCAUGGUAUGGCAAGCACAUGGCAUGGCAUGGCAAGCACAUGGCAUGGUAUGGCAAGCACAUGGCAUGGCAUGGCAAGCACAUGGCAUGGUAUGGCAAGCACAUGGCAUGGUAUGGCAAGCACAUGGCAUGGUAUGGCAAGCACAUGGCAUGGUAUGGCAAGCACAUGGCAUGGUAUGGCAAGCACAUGGCAUGGUAUGGCAAGCACAUGGCAUGGUAUGGCAAGCACAUGGCAUGGCAUGGCUGGCAUUGA